AUGGUAGGCGGCACGCCGACCUCUAAUCUGUGGGUCGGCUCCGUCUAUGAGACGGUCUCCUAUGAGCUGCUCCGGUCGGUCUUCUCGCAAUAUGGCCAAGUGUUGGAUUCGAAUAUCCUACGCAGCUCCACAUGUGCUUUUGUGCGCAUGGGCAGCAUUGCCGAGGCUACUCGGGCCAUGGAGGCCCUGCGCGGACGUAGCCUGGACGGCAACCCAAGCCACAUCAUGCGCAUCGAGUAUGCGGAUUCCAAGUCCAGCCGGGAGGAUGACGCCUUGGCUCGGGCGGCGACCGGCAGCUCGCCCGGCAGCCCUGGGCUGACAACCGGCCCUUCGCCACUCACCUCCUCGGCCUCCUCGUCAUCCUUGCUGACGCCUACCGCCUCGCCGGCCCUGGGAUCGGCCUUGGGUGGUCCGCCCGGCAGCGGCACAGCCGCCUCGGCUGCCCCGCUGCUCUCCGGCGGCGGGCAAUCGCCCUUCUCGGGAGACGUUUCCCCCGGUGGCGGUAGUGGCGGCGUCCCUCCGGUGGUGUCGCUGGACUUGCGCUUCCACCCGGACAGCAGCCACGGCGGUGGGGACCCUUCCUCCUCACCUGGGCUGGCUGAUGCGGAUAUCGACUCGGAUGUCGGGCGCUUGGCACAUGGCGGCCCGGGCAUGGCGCCCCAAGCCCAGGGGGCCGGGGCACAUCAUUCGCUCCAGCCGGCCAUCGGUCAUGGAUUGCACCACCACCAUGGGCACGGGGGGGGGCCCCACUCGCUGGGGGGCCAUCCGGGCGGCGGACCUCCCGGGGUUCCACCCCCGCCCCCACCCCACCCGCUCCAGCAUUUGGCCCAUCAGCAACCGGCUCCGGGCAUGGUGCCCUUCCACCAUCUGCCGCUGGCCGGGCGGUACCCGGCACCGGGCGCCGCCGGGCCGAUCCCCAUGGUUCCGACUCCGCCUGGUGGGCCGCCUUACGGGCGCCUCGGAGCACACCUGGGUGCCCCGAUGGCCGGGCACCUGGCCAUGUCCCGCAUGUACCCGCACGGGGUCUUCCCACGAAUGCCCCCGGCCGGAGUGGGCCUGCCGCCCGGGCUCGGGGGCCCAUACUUCCCCCCUGCCGGGACCGCUGAUCCCUCCGGGGUGGGUCUGCCCCCUGGGAUGGGUGGUCCGGCGGCAGCGGCGGCAGCGGCAGCGGCAGCAGCGGCGGCAGCGGCGGCAGCGGCGGCGGCCGCCGCCGCAAGCAAGGGGCCCAGCACAUUGGCUCCCUCGCCCAGCGGGGGGCUGGCCCCGGCUGGCGGGUCAUCCUCACCCCCGCCGCCACUCGGUGCCCGGGGGCUGUCCUCCUCCUCGUCCUCUUCCUCCUCCUCGUCCUCCUCCUCGUCCUCGUCCUCCUCCUCCUCGACCACCACCGCCCCCGCCAGCGGCAGUGCCCCUUCGUCCGCCUCCACCGGCCGGGGGUUCUCCUCGCUGAGUGCCAUCUCCUGGACCAGUGGCGAUCGCUCACGCUCGGCCUCGCCCGACUCCGGGAGCGGCGGUAGCGGCACCUGGCAGCGCGAUCGCGAGGACACCCUCUCCGAUCGAUAUGGCCGGACCAGCCGCUACGAGCGUUAUGUCCAGCGGUCGACCUCGCGCGAACGCUCCGCCAGUCCCCCCUCCUCGGCAUCUUCUUCCUCGUCUGCGCUCUCCGUGCCUUCGACGGCCGGAUCCGGCCCCGGGGCUACCACCUCUGGCCGGUAUGUGCCCUCGCGUAGCCGGUACGAGCGAAGCCCCUCGCCUGAGCCUGCCGAGCAGGAGGAUAUGCUUUCGCCGGCGUGGGAUCCGGUGUCGCCAGGCGGAAGCAGCAACCCCGGCCUCGAGGGCGGGGUAGAUGCCUUGGCGUGGGCCGGUCCGGGGGCCGCCUUCCCCGGUGCGGGGGCUGGGCUGCCAGUUCCUGGGCCCUUUGUCCCCGGGCCCGGGGCCGGGCACCUGGGUAUUCUCCCGGGCGAUCCGGGGCUUGUUGGUGGCUUGCCCGGCUUCCAUGUUGAUGCUUAUGGCCCGGCGGCAGCAGCGGCGGCAGCCGUGGCGGCGGCACAGCACGCGGCAGCGGUGCAGCACGCGGCGGCAGCGGCAGCGGCAGCGGCAGCGGCCGCAGCAGCCGGCGGAUCCGACCACCACCAUGCGCUGGCGCACUUGCAUCCGCACGGCCUCCCCCCGGGCGGGCACCCUCAUGGAAUGCCUCCAGCACAUCUGCUGUCACACUUGCAUCCGCAUGGCCUGCCCCCGGGGCACCAUCAUCCCAUGUCUCCGGGGCACCUGCUGGCCGGGCAUCCGCUGACGCACGGUCUGCCGCCUGGGCUGCCCUUGACCCAUGGCCUGCCGCCUGGGCAUUCGCUGGUCAUGGGCGGCCCGGCCGGACCUGUGCCAAUCAGCCGCGACCCUACGGAGCCAGGGCCCCGGCGGGAGGACGCGCGGUCGCGUGAGCGCGAUCGCACUGACCGCGAUCGCGACCGGGCUGACCGCGAUCGUGGCGACCGCGGGGACCGUGGAGAUCGCGACCGCGGGGACCGGGACCGCGGCGGGGAUCGUGGCGAUCGCGACCGAGAGCGCGACCGGGACCGAGAUCGUGACUUGCGCGACCGGGACCGGGAUCGGGACCGUGACCGUGACCGGGAGCGUGGUACCUCGCGUCACGACCGUGACCGCGGGGACCGGGACCGGGACCGGGAUCGGGACCGGGAUCGCCUCGAUCGGGAUCGCCUCGAUCGGGACCGGGAUCGCGCUGAUCGGGACCGCUUCGACCGGGACCGCUUCGACCGGGAGCGCGACCGCGGUGAUCGUGGCGAUCGCUAUGACAGGGACCGCUUCGACCGGGACCGUGGCAUUGCCACCACCGGGGGCAGGUACGACCGGCAUGAGCGCUUCGACCGGGACCGCGACCGCAUGGACCGGCCGCUUGCCGUGGACGCCAAAGGCCCCGAGCGCGAGCCCCUGCGGAGUGUCCUCGCACCGAGCCUCACCGCCGGGGUCCUCCCUCUGUCCAGGACGGACCGUGACCGUGACCGCGAGCGCGAGCGCGAGCGCGAGCGCGAACGCGAACGCGAGCGCGAGCGAGACCGGGAUCGGGAUCGGGAUCCGCGCGAGCAGCAGGAUCGGGAUACUCCGACUGAGUCGCUGCCGGGAUUGCCCCCGGUCGGUGGGCUCCCUGCCUCGGUGGCGGCGCCCGUCCCGUCGGAAGCCAGCCUGGACCAACUGCCAGAAGGGCUGCCGGCCAUCAAACGCGAGGCGCCGUCUCACAUGGCCCCGGCUGGCAGCCCGCCGGAGACCGCCUCCACCGGGGGGGUGGUCACGUCUGUGGCCCCGGCCCCGGCCCCGGCCCCGGCCCCGGCGGUGGUUGUUCCCUCGACCUUCUCCCUGUCCCUCUCGCUGUCCAAGGCGCCGGAGCCGGUGGCUGUGCCUCGGGCCCCGUUGGCGGCUCCUUCUCCGGCCGCCGGGCGCCGGCGCGGGCUCCUCUCUGGUGUCGAUGUACAAAUGGCCUCUUCACACUCGGUGCUUGGUCGGCCGCGACGCCGGUCGGCGACCGUCGCCACGGUCGAUGCCCCUCCUCCCGAUGCCAUCCUCGAGGGCGUUCUCAGUCUGGCCUCCCUGGACUUGCCCAUCCAGUGCCAGCUCCUGGCUGCCGGGGGCCUCUGCACCGAUGAUGUGCCGCUGGCCUCGGCCAUCGAGCAGGAUCUCGGUGGUGGUAGCGGUGGCUCGGCCGGGCGUCUGUGCAUCCGCGAACGUUGCGACACCUCGGCCAUCCAUGACAACUUCAAAAACAUGCUUCUGCAUGACCCGGCUGUGUCGGUGUGGCUGGUGUCCCCGGCCGCCGGGGACGAUGGCCGUGCGCCGACCCUCUUCCAGCGAAAUCUGGUCCGGUACCUGGCCAGCCGGUCGUCGCUCGGGGUGGCCCGGCGCGGGCUGGCCGGCUCGCCGUCGGCCGCUGCCGCCGCUUCCUCCUCCUCCUCCUCCUCCUCUGGCCGCCCAGACGGCGACCUCCUGGCCCUCGGGGCGGUGUAUUACUUCCUGCCCCCGCUGCGAGAGGAGCUGGGGCUCUUUGAGCACUUUGCCCCGGAUCACAGCCUCCUGAAGCCGUGGCUGGCGGCAGACACGCCACCGCCGGCUGGCUUCCUGCCCAACUGCCUGCUGAUGGUGGUGCAGCCCGUACGCGUGGAGCACUUCCGCGCUUGA